GCGAAGGGCAUCUCUACGCAGUAAGAUGUAGUCAAGCCACUGCACUCACGCUUUGCAAAGCGUUCUUGCACACCCUGUAUAGGUGUUAUAGUCAGCCUUCCUGCACAAGCUGGGGCCCAGUCACUGCGCACAGGGCCCCUAAAAGCAACCUCUAUUGUCCUAUAUUAGGUUGUCCUGGGACCCAAAUCUUCUGGCAGCGUCUCUUGGAUUCGUCGUCCGGGGGGAUGUCGCGCAUGCCUGUCCGAGGAAGCCUGCCGUGCUGCUUGAGCGGGGGGCGCUUUCUACCCUUACCGUCUAGGCGAUGUGUUCGGACAUGCCAACUGUCGCGGCGCCACCCGCUCACGACGACUCCAUUUGCAUGUCGGAGGGCCGCACUGUGCAUCUUCGCCAGUUCUACCAGGCAACAACACAAUCUUAAGGAGCCGUCCUCUGCACCAUCGCUUCCACAAUGGUGUCAUCGCGUGGCUGGGGCCUUCGCACUCGCGCCAUUUCUGCUACUUAGUGGUAAUCGACAUGCCCACGCGUACCAAGUGCUCACGGCGGUGCUCCAGGCGCCACGCGCGGCAGCCUCGGCUCGACCCAGCGGUACGUCAACACCCGUCGAUCGCGCGCCUAGUCGGUUGUACGACAUUGGUGCUAUUCGAGAGCGCAGCUCUCCUUACCAGGCUCGGAUCGCGGCGGCUCUCGCCACAGCUCUUGUGGGAUACGGGCUAGCACGCAGCGCUGCUGCCGUCGCCGCCGCUAGAGCGCAUAAAAGUGCAAUUGGCACCACCACAAGCGGUAGAGGCGGCGACGGCGGUGGGAGUAGCAGUAGCAGUGAUCGUGCUUCUGUUGUGGCCAGCGCAGUUGCAAUGCCGGAGGUGGCUACAGCUGCAACCGCAACCGCAGCAGCUUCCACGUCCGCUGCCAAUGCUCGUCCCAGAUCUGGAUCCGAGCCGGGAUAUGGAUCCGGCAGCGGCGGCGGAUUGCCUGGAGGCCUGCCAGCCACAGCACAAGCUCGUUUGGAGCGGUUGGAGAGGCUGUACCUGGAAGUCGAGGAUUUGAAGGCGCGUAACGCACGGGUCUGGCAAGAGGCCAUGCGUCUUAUGCAAGCGGAUGCCUCCCUCACCGUGGCCACCGCUGCCGUCAAGGCGGCGCAGAACAUGGACCUAGACAACCCGGCGGGGGCCGCCGCCACCGCCAUCGCCGCCAACCGUCGUACAUCCGAGCGACUGGCGUCGCCGACCGCCGCUGCUGUUGCUGCCGUACAGCCGCCAGCUCCUCUGGAGGCGGCGGCAUUGCCGGUACGGCCCUCUGGAGGCGCCGCCAGGUCGGCUUCGAACCUGGCGGCGGCAAGCAGUACGGCAACGGCGGCGGCGGCGGCAGCCCUGGAGGGGGCGACGGAGGCGGGGGUGCCGCUGCGCCCUAGCGGCGGCGCCGUCAGGGGUUUUACUGGCAGCAGCGGCAGCAUCGCUAAGGUGCCGGAGCCGGUUGAGCCCAUCCGGCCCAGUGGCGGCGCUGCCAGGGGCUUUGUUGGCGGCGAUGAAGGCAGGAGCCCCAACGCGAUGGAGCCUAGCGCUUCGGAACGACCCAGCGGCGGCGCCGUGAGGGCCGUCGCUGCUAGCAGCGGCGAAGGCAGGAUCCUACAAGUUACGGAGGCAGACGUGCCAUUGCGUCCUAGCGGCGGCGCCGCCAGAGGAGUCGUUGAUAGUGGUGGCGGCGAAAGUGUUGCGAGGGUGGCGGAGGCGGUCCUGUCGGUACGGCCCAGCGGCGGCGCCGCCAGGGGUAGCGGUGGCGGCAUGGCGGCUCCGUUGAUGUCGGACACGCGGACCCCGCAGGUCCCCAUGCCUCCGCCGGUACGUCCUGGCGGCGCGUCGGUACGCUCCGGGCCUACGUCACCGCCGCUGCCGUACACCUCUAUGCUGCCAGCGUCCUCAUCGCCGCCGCCGCCGCCGCCUCUGCAAAUGCCGCCGGACAGUAGCCGUGUUAGGGUGUCAGGAAUCGAGGCAGCCGCCGCUACCGCCACCGCUGAGUUGGCUGCCACGGCGCGCCAGACUCCAGCAACAAAGCAGGAGGUGGUGCGGCCUAGCUUCCGCCCAACACGUCGCGGCGCGGCGGCACCCGCCCGCGCUCAACGCACCUUCCGUACGGUGCCGUCGCCUCCGCCAGCCAUCGUCAACCCCUCCUUCGACGUGCCGGCCGACGCGCCGUCGCCCCAGGACUACCUACAGCCCGCUGACGGCCGUACCGCUGACGGCCGCGUGAACCCCAGUUUCGCAUCCGUCACCGCCGCCGCCUCUCCUGCCGCCAUUACCCCCGCCACCGCUGCCGCCGCUGUCCCCGCUCCCGUCGCUCCCGUCGCCGCCGCUCUCUCCGCCGCCGCUGCCCCCGCCACCCCUGAAGCUGCUGUUGCAUCCUCUCCUGGCGCGACGUCAGCAGGCCCCGAUACCACACCUGCGACGGCGGCAGCGACGCAGCCCGCUUGGUACAAUCCCCUGUCAUGGUUCUCCACGCCGGCACCUUCGCCGGCGGAGGUGCAGGUGGGGGGCACUGCCGCCUCCGCCUCCACCUCUGGGCGACGAGGCAGGCGUACGAAUCCGAGCUUCGACGCCUCCCUGGCGGUGGCGAACGACGUCGAGGUGGCGGCAGCGGCACAGGCGGCAGCAAGUGGAGAGGAGGUACUAAGCGAAGCACUUGCGUUGGAGGCGGCGGACAAGGGGACGGCGGCAGUUGCGGAUGCGCUGCCGGACAAUGGAGAUGCGGAAGCGGUGAGGAGCGAAAUUGCAGCGGUUGAAGCAGGGGUCGUGGCGGCGUCAAUGGCUGCUGAGGAAGUCGGUAACGUGAAGGGGACAGCAGGGAAGUACGAUCCUAUCCGGAACUUCAUCGCCUCCGCCGCCGCUCCCUCAGCCUCCCGCUCCCAACGCGCCAAGUACGACAUGCUGGACGAGCUGCUGCUGCCGCUUCCCCCGCAGCUGUCCCCCGAGCCAGCCAUGCACUCUAAAUAUGACAUGGUGGGCUCCCUGCUUAAGGAUGCGCUGCUGGCAGCACCCACCAGCCCUCCGGCUCCCAGCCGCUACGACCCCUUGUCCGCUGUUUUACGGACGCAAGACGCUGCCGACGGCGGGGAUGUCAUCGGAGGCCGCGGCGGUGACGUCAGCAGCCCUGGUGUUGGCAAGUACGACAUGAUUGGGCAGUUGCUGGCGGCGGCGGCGGCGCUUCCGGAGGACUUGGCCAGUGGCAAGUGGGCUGCUGCGCAGCCCCGGGACCCGCUGCUGUCAGCCCUCGGCGACUUCCUAGCGCACCGCGAGUCCCAGCACCAGAACCAGCUCCUGCUGCCCCCCAAGUCCCGCCAGCCGCCCGCAAAGUACGACAUGGUCGGUCAGAUGCUCCAGAGCCUACAAGAUCUGCCGUACGAUCUCGAGAACGGCUCCUGGGCCGCAUCCCACGGUCGAGAUCCGCUUCUGGACGCCGCCAGCCGUGCCGCUGAGGGCAUCGCUGAAGUACGGAAGAGGUUCGUACAAGUGAGGAUCCGGUCCAAGUCGCGGACCGGCGGCAGCGGUGGCGGUGAUGAUGGCGACGCCGGCGGCGGCGGCGGACCGGGUGCCGUACUGCGGGGCAUCCGCGAAGGCGGUGCCAGGGCUCUGGCUGCCGUACGAGCAGCGACGGCGCCGUUGGGAAAUGUUCUCGCCAAGGCGACUGGACGGCCGUACGAAGUAGCUCCGGGGGUUGUGAUGAAGGUCGAGAGGUCACAUGGCAGUUGGAACCAGGGCGCUGUGGCGUUUGGUGGCGGCGGAGGCGCCUCCGCCAGCCUCGCGUUUGCUGGCGCGGGCGCGGCCGCUGGCGGUGGUGGCGGUGGCGGCGGGUUCGGAGGCGGCGUGGAGGAGCUACCCGCGGUGCUGUUCCAAUUCAAGGAUGCAGGCGCCAAGCCAACGGCUAAAAGCGCCGCAGCAAGGGCAACGCCGCCAGCUCCGCCACUGCAGCGGCCGCAGCAGCAAGCUGCAACGGCAAGUGCCGUACGUCGUCUGCCCCGUGCAGUGGUACCUCCGUCGAGGGCCGCCGCCGUCAGGCCUGCUGCGCCCAUCGUGCCGCCGGCACCAGCGUCGACGACAGCUUCGGCAGAGCAGCGACCGGCGCGUGCAGUCGUGCCGCCGUUGCGGAAUACGGCACGGCCUGCUAGCUCCCUAGAGGUGCCGACUAAUGUCGUACAACCAUCGCCGCCGUCACCACCGCCGACGCCGCCUAAGGCGUCUGUCGCUCGCGCCACCGAAACUCAAAGCAGCGAUAGUCCGGACACGGUCGCUGCCACCCCCUCCGCGGACCCAGCGGCGGCAGCGGUGGCGGCAGUGGCGGCGGCGGCUCCGUCGCUGCCGUCGUACGUCGACGUCAAGGCGCUUGCUGCAGCCGUUGCGGCAGCGGCGCUAGAAGCCCCGCAGGAACCCGCCGCCGUCUUGGCUGCUUCACCCGCCGCGCCGCAACAGGGGCCAGCUCCUGUCACAGCGCCCGACAGCUCCCUGGUAACCGGUUCAUUGACGCCGCCGCCGCCGGCAGCGCCCGCACCGCCGCGUUCGGUGAGCGCCUCGCCUUCCGAGGUCGCCAUUGAGCUAGUGGCGAUUCUGUCGGCUGUCGGUGGCCGGGGCGGCGAGCCGCCGUCUGUCGACGACCUAGUCGCUCGCUUCGGCGAGGGCUUCGCCGAUGUCGUGCAACAAAUGCGGAGUCUGCGAAACAACGCUGCACUCCUGUCGGCGCACCCCGCGGCGGCGCAGGUAAUGCGCGCGGCGUCGGCGCCGGCGGCGACAACGACGACGGCGUCAGCGGGCAACGGCGAGGGCAUGUGGACACAACUGUACGGCAUGUUGGGUGCCGUACGGCAAGCGACGGACGACAUGCAGGUUUUCAUGGAACAGUGUCGCACGAUGUACCCAGACGUGCAUGCAUUGCUGGCUACUGGCGAUGCAGAGCAUGCUGUGAGUGUGCUUUGCACCCUCUGCAUCCUCAUUCCUGAGGACGGCCCCACCGCCAGCACGCCUCCCUCAGCCCAGCGAUGAGGCGCAGCCAGUGUUGUAUUUGUAGAGGAACAGGCAGGAGGACGUAGAGAGAGAAGACAGGUGAAGAUGCUCGAGAGGGCAGGAGAAGAUGACAGGAGAGCUCUGUAGAGAGAAGACCAACCAUAGGUGUUAUCUGUUCCCAACUGUUUGUGUCGGCAUGGAGGGCUCGUUGAAUUCAUGGUGUUGCAGAGAGAUGCACGUAAAGUGUCGCAUACGGGAUGUUGCAAGAGUUGCUGUGGAUAGUAGGUAUUGAAGAUCGUCUUUCCAGUGAUGGACUAAAGAGGUCCUACUUAGCAGACAGCGCUAAAUUGAGUGCUGGGACACAGUCCUCCCCGAAACCUAAAGCGAGAAUUGGCUUUCAGGUUGGGGUUGCCCAAGAGGUUCUUAGAGUGAGGGUUGCGCAACAAACAGGUCGUCAUCAAGUGCCGUACCAGCAAGCGAAGCCCAAUGGCCACUCUCAUGUCAUUUGGGCUUUCUUACACACUUGCUGGUACCAGGUUGUUUCCUAAAUGCCGCUUCUGGCAUACCGUACCGUUACCAUACCCGGUGGAGGCCGUGAGGGCCUGGAAGCAUGUCCUGAAGUUGUAGCCAAGCGUCAUGUGGCGUCAUUGAGGCAAACUACCCCCCCCCCCGGGUUGGUAUGCAGUCAGUCGUGAAUAGCUAGGCGCUUGGAGGGGCGUGAAGAGUAGGUUCUUCAGUUCUUGCAGAGAGCGGGGCUUUGACGAGCCGCAAAAAAUCUUUGUUUCGCAGUCGAUAGCAGAAGAAGCUUUGCGGAGCAGAACAUUCAACAGAGUUGGCGCCUG